AUGACCGUUCCAGAUGUCACAGCUGGCCAGGAAAAGAGCCCGAGAAGUCCCAUUCUUGUGAAAAAGGAGAUAAUAUGGAGCUCUUCACAGGGCUGCCGAAAAAUGAAGAUGCCAGUGGAAUCGACAUGCAGUUUGGAUUCAGACUACGAUAUCGAAGAACGUCCCUUAUUCAAUGAUAAUCCAGAGCCAAGUGGUGCUACAGAAAUGCUUCAAGAAGUAUUGAACAUGAGUACUGAAGGAGAUUUGCUCGAAGAUAUCCCGUCGGAAGAGAUCUUUUCCUUCCUGGAGAGAAGAGAAAUCGAAAUGGAAGUUCAGAAGAGAAAAAUGGCCUCGAAGUGGAUUAUUGACACUCCAAGUCCAAGAGAACGCGAAUUACCAGCUCCCGUCGGUUUUUCCAGGGAGAGAAUGGCUCUUGCUCAAGCUCAGGCUAAUCAAAAGAACGGGCCGGAUCAAGCUCUACUUGAUAAGCGAAAUUGGGACAUUGCCUUGAAAAACUUCAAAUCUCUUCCAAUGACCCUAUUCAUGUUUUACAUGAUUGGUGACUCUAUCAACAUCAUGCCCAUCCUCAUGAUCGGUGGCUAUCUAUUCAGUAACUUGAUGGCGCUCAUGAAGAUGAAAUCCGUGGUCGAUCAGCUGGCGAAAAACUCCCCUGAUCAUUACAUCCUGCACAUUACAGUUUGGUUUCUUGGGCAGCUCACGGCAAUCGGUGCCUUGAUGUGGAAAUGUAACCGCAUGGGCCUACUCCCGACUCAUCCCUCUGACUGGCUUGCUUUCCGAGACCCGAUUAUCAACAUGCACGAACUCGCCGGAGGCCAUGCCGAGCUCUGA